UUACAACAACUUCACUGGAAGCAUUCCAAUUUGGGUUGGAGAAAUCUUAUCGAGAUUAGUUGUUCUCAUCUUACAAUCAAAUACCUUUAUUGGUCACAUCCCACAGAAAAUUUCUCAACUCAAAUACCUACAAAUCCUUGAUUUGUCAAACAAUAAUUUGUCAGGUCCCAUCCCUGUGAGUUUUGGCAACCUCACUGCCAUGCAGACACUUUCAGAGUCUGUUUUUUCAUGGGGUGGCAUUUUAGGAGUCGGAGAUACAAUACCAGUGACUUCCAAGGGAAAACAAGGGGAAUAUUCUGAGCAUCUUCUUCCACGUCUGAAAAUAAUUGACCUCUCCGACAAUGAGUUGACAGGGGGCAUACCUGAAGAACUUGCAAGUUUGUAUGGUCUGCAGAGUUUGGACGUCUCUCAUAACCUGUUACAAGGUGAGAUCCCAGACAAGUUGGGUAGGUUACAACAACUUGAAUCACUCGACUUGUCAAGAAACAAGCUCUUUGGGAGCAUACCUUCAACCUUUUCAAAUUUAACAUCCUUGAGCGACUUCAAUGUAUCUUACAACAAUUUGUCAGGAAGUAUACCAUCCGGCAACCAGUUCAACACCUUGACAGACCCCUCCAUUUACAUUGGUAAUCAUCUUUGUGGAUUCCCUUUGACUGAUAAUUGUACUAAAGGUGGUGGACCAAAUCAGGGAAAGCCAAGUGAUAAUGGAAAUGAAGAAGAUGAUGAUAAUGAGAUGGUAUGGAUGUACAUUGGAUCUUUGUCAGGAUUUGCAGUUGGAUUCUGGACUAUCUGGGGUGUCUUGAUCUUCAAAAAGAAGUGGAGAUAUGCCUACUUUCGGUACACAGACACUACUUGUGACAAUAUCCAUGUCUGGGUUGUUGUCAACUUUGCGAGGAUGAAGAGCGAGAUCAUGUCAAAGUCAAAUCACUAG